AUAAGAAAACGUAAUAUGAUCUAUUUUUAUUAGUUCAAGCUUCGACCAAUGGACGAAGAACGUUUUAAGCACGCGCAUAACCCUUAACUCCAACUAGAUAUCUAUCUCACCAUGUUGGCUUCAUUCUUCUCGCGAUGUUGGAAGCAUCGAGUUGAUAAGUAAAUGUUUUAAACAUAUUUAAGGUUAUAUUUGUAAUUUUGUGAGUUCCAAGUAAAAUGAGCAUACAAAAGUUAGAUACAAACGUAAUAUCGAAAUUAAGAAGCUCAUUUAACGUCAACAGUGUAACACAAUGUGUAGUCGAACUGGUUUGUAACUGUUUGGACGCCAAAUCGUCCGCCAUAGCAGUUAGAACUAACCUAUUAACUUUUAAAGUUCAAGUGGCUGAUAAUGGCGAGGGCAUUAAUAGGGAAAAUUUGGAGUUUAUCACGGUCCGAUAUACCACCAACAAAUGUAGGACGAUAAAAGAUUUAGAGAGACAAUUAAAAACCUACGGGUUUCGAGGAGAAGCGCUCGCCAAUAUUGUUGAAAUGUCUGAUAGUGUUCAUAUCAGCAGCAGACACAAAGAUUCUGUAGCCACAUUUACAAAAGUUAUAUCGAAAACCGGAAGCGAAAUUAAACAGGUGAAACAAAGACCGAGCGUGGGGACAACGGUAACGGUUUUCGGCUGCCUCAGUUCAGCACCAGUGAGGCAGCAAAGAAUCGUACCGGAAGUGGAAUUGGAGGAAAUUAAGGGACACUUAGAGAGUCUCGUUAUAAUUAAUCCAAGAACCUCAUUUACAUUAAGAAAUGACGCAACUGGAGAUAUGCUACUGUCCAGUCCGAGACAUGAUAGCAUCAUCCACGCUUUUGAAUAUUUGCAUCCAGAAGUUAAUUCUCAGUUCACUCUGCUAAAAGCAGUAAAAGACAGGAUCUUGGUGGAAGCCAUUAUCCAAAAAGAGCUGAUUUUAAGUAAGAAUUAUCAGUAUUUGUACGUUAAUAAAAGACCUGUAAAGAGCCAGAAAGUGACUAGACGUAUAAGAAAAGCAUUCUUAAGAAAAAUGAGUAAAAAAGGUAAAGAUCCCACAUUUUAUAACACAAAAGAGCACCCUAUAUAUAUAAUGCACAUUAAAUGUCCCCAAAAAUGUAUUGAUAAUAUUGAUGAAGAGGUCGAGUUAACUUGCUGGACUUCGGUACUAGCUUGUGUAGAUAAGUUAUUAAGUACUUUACUGGAAAUUCCUGAAAAAAGUUUAAAUAAGCAUGGAUUUCAGCCUAUUCAGAACCCUCAUAAAGAAAACCUAAAUUGUGGGGUGUCACAAUUAAGCUGUGCAGUCCAAGCCACCGCUUACAAGAGAAAAGCUACCCUAAUUGAUAGUCCGAGGAAAUCACAACGUGUAAUAGAAGACGUAAUAUCACUUACACCUGGAAAAGUACCUGCAAAGUUGGGAUUUAGGCAUACACAAACCACCGGAGACUAUCAGAUUCAGAAUUCUGAAGCAAAAAUAACGGAUGAGCCUAAGAUAGUGAAAUCGAUCAUGAAAAAGCCGCUUGGGAUCAAUGUUAGGCCUGCAGUUGAAAACUGUAAGGAGAUGAAUGCAGUGAAUUUUGAUCAACGUUCAGUAUAUUCAAGAUUAACAACAGAUGAACACAAAGGUAAAGGCCUAAUAAUGGACAUGUUCCUAAAAUCAACUCAAGUUUACAAGCAAGAUGACCAGGAGGUAUUAUUAGACGAGUCAAAAGAAACAGUGGAAGAGUCAAAUUUUAUGUAUGAAAAUAAUGUGAAUGAUCAUAUCCGUGGAAUCAACACGACUAUGUCCAUAAGUGUAAAUCUCAAAAAAAGAAAAUUAAGUAACAAGAUACCAUCUGCUGUUUAUAAUAAUCAAGUAAAUUGUUCGGAACUUGAUAGUUGUUCCAACUUAUUUAGAAGGUCAAAUCUCGAUAAAGCAAAAAUGAUUUCCAAAGAAGUUCAAACCAGCCAGAUAUUGCUGAAACAAAAGAGCUUUCAAACAGAAUUAGCUGAAAAGCUGGAUCAAUUUUCUUUGGAAUCAUUUUCGCAAAGAAACGGCGAUUAUACAAUACUUAUGAACAAUGCUGAGCAUAAACAGAAAUUCCGAAUGGUGAAAAUUGCCAGAGAUAUGGUUAAUGCAGAGUGGCCUGAACCAUUUAAGCCGUUGAAAAUAUGCCAUUGUGAACAAAAAGGAAAUAUGUUCAACUUCAAAAAUGCAAAGUUUAAAAUUCCCGAGACGCCUAGGUUGUUUUUCAGGGGAUUAAGAAAAGAAUCACCAAAGCCACCAAGGUAUCACGAAUGGAAUCAGUGCUCCGAAAGUCCGUAUUUUAAAAAGUCAAAUAUAUGUGGUUUUCAAGUAAAUCAAAUUGAAUGUAGAGAUAUUCCUUCUUACUAUAAACGAGAUAAAUUUCAUAAUCUAAAUAAUAUGCAUGCAAGCUAUCAGCAUCACGGUACUGGAAAUUAUCCAGCUGUAGUAAAAAAAGGCAAUCAACCGUUAAAAUAUUGUGAAGUGCAACCUCAUCUAGAAAUUUUUAGGAAAAAUUAUUUAAAUCUCCAUACAAUUGAGAACGAUAAUCAGAUAAAACAGUACCAUCAGCAAAAUGGAGUUCAAAUUAAUCGUGAAUUAGGAGAUUGGAAAAAGCAAAAUCACCAACAAAGCAAUGUGCUUAGAAAUCAUUGCGAAGAAAAUUAUAAUCCUGUGUUCGGAUGUCCUCCUUUUAAAAAUUUACCUAUAAAUCAAGUUGAAAAUCCCUAUUCCGUACCAGUUCAUCAAAUACCACGCCAUUUUCCAAACGCUCAACACAUAUCGGAAUACUGGUUUCAAAACGAGCCCGAGUCAGAAUCUGUAAUCAGACAUAUUAAAGAUACUAAAAUAACACCUAACAAUAAUUUUAAAAAUGCUCAUUUGCAUAACCUAGACAAAGACUAUCAAAAAGCAGCUACUACAUUAUUAAAAAGUACUCAUAUACCCCAACAUCUAAAGCAUGAACCUUUUGGAUUUCAGCUGCAAACAAAAUAUAAUGGAUUAAAAAAUGUCAAUCAACAAGACGAACAAAGAUGUAACCCUGAAGAUAUACCUUUUGGGGAUAACCAGAAAACAUCAACCAGAUAUCAAAACCAGGUUAACUUUAAUAUGUACGGCCUGCAAAAUGAAUAUAGGGUUCACUCUGGUUUUCAAAAGGAAUGUAGAGAUUGCAGAGAUAACGAGCCUGGACUAGCAUGCUGGAAACAUCACAAUCAAAGGGAAUAUUUACCUGAAAUUCAAUACAAAGUUCCGAAAGAAAUAUUUAGGAAUUGUACUGACAUAGAUGCUCUAUGUCAAAAUGAAAAUCUGUAUGCGGAGUCGAAUCCAUUUCCCGUUGGUCGUGGGCAACCGCGUUCGAAUAAGCAAAUAUUUGAAUCAACUAGACAGGAGAGCGAACAAAUAAAUAACAGUGAAUGCUGUCAAGAACACUACAAGCAGAGAGAAAACGUUAAAAAUGUGACCAGAAUUGAAAGCAAACACUCUGGAAAUAUCAAAAUAUCAUCCAUUCAUAAUAAUCCAUCUGAUUUCAUGGUCCACCAAACAGCAGAUCAGUAUCAGUCGCAAAAUGAAUUCAGAUUUCAUGAAGAACCAUUGCCGAAUGAUAAAAUGUUUAGUUUGGAACAGUGCAAGGAACCCAAUGCUAUUACAAAAUCUUUAGGAUUAAACUAUCACGAGUCUCAUCUAGAAAGGUACUUGCCCGAGAGAGAUAUUAAUAUAUCGUCCAAGUAUAUGACACUACAAGACAGCCAAAUACCUUUAGUAAGCAAACCUUUAAAUAAAAAAGACUUUAAUAAAAUGGGAGAAAUAGAAGAUAGAUAUUGUAUGGGCUCACCUGACUUAUUCUUUACCAUUUCCCCCGUCAAACAAAAUUCAACGGAUCUACAGGAACUAGGUCAAUAUUGUGAUCGGCAAAAUAUUAUGAAAGUGAAAAAUGAAAUUUUACAAGUGAAGAACAAUCCUAGAGAGAAUUUUUUAAGUUUUGAAAAUACAGUAAAAGAUAAAAGCCAAAUCUUAAUAGAUUCGCAAAACGAAUGGUUGAAGCAAAAGAAUGAACACGGCAGAAAAUUCUAUAUAAAUAAACGAACUGGUGUAGUAGCAGUUAAAACGCCAACCAUUUCAAAUGACAAAUUUAUUUUCGAAGAACGACUGGGUUUUAUCCCUAAAGGAAUGUCUCCUGUGAUGGUUGGUCACAAGGAAGUAGAUAAAACUCUCAGUGUAAACGCUAAGAAAAAGCUACAUAACAUGAUUCUACAAGCUUACGAAGACGAGCUGCUGUUUGUUAAGUGGAAACACUUUAUUAAUGAUGAUCCCAAGUCCUUCUUUGAACAAAUCUAUAAAGAAAUGUCCAAUCAGUCUGAGGGUUGCGUACCUGUUAUUUACGAAUCCGACUUUAAAAUGUCUAAAAAUAAGCAUAAUUUUAAUGCGAAUAUAUUUGGCGAUAUGGUGGUGUUAGGACAGAUCGACAAAAAGUUCAUUUGCGCAUUAUCUGGCGACAUUUUGGUCAUGUUUGAUCAACAUGCUGUGAAUGAAAGGAUUAAAGUGGAGAAAUACAUUAAAGAAUAUAAAGGUAUGAAAAUUUCAUGCGUAAAAAAGGUAACAGUGUUUCUACCCAACAAUGACUUGGACCUAUUAAAAACCCACUUGCCUUAUUUGGAGUCUUUAGGACUGGGGGUAGAUUUUUUUACAAACGGACUGCAUGUUACUGGAAUGCCACUAUGUAUAAAGGAAAAGUUUUCGGAACAGGAAGACAUUGCCAAAAUCCUCAACUUGCUGAUAAAAGACACAGUACACUUUUUGAAGACUACUCGUGGUUCGGCAAUCAAUCAUUUGCCCAAGAUAAUUCAAAACAUUAUAAAUCAUAAAGCUUGUAGAGCUGCUAUAAAAUUUGGAACUGAAUUAUCCAAGAGAAAAUGCCAGAAUCUUUUAGCAGGCUUAGCGAAAUGUCAAUUGCCAUUUCAGUGUGCCCAUGGCAGACCUACUUUGGCACCCAUCUUGAGCUUAGGAAAAGUACCGGCAAUGACAAAAAAGGUCCGCAAUGUGAACCUGAAGAAGUUGCUGGAUCCGUAAAUGUUAUGUAGAGUAUAAGUGCAAUAACUUUUGUAAUUCCUUUUUUCAUGUUUAUACAAUAAAUUUGACAAUUACAUUCGCA